UGUGUUUAAAAAUCAUAUUGAUUUCACUGUUUAUAUGCAUAGAAAGAAUAACAUAUUCCUUAAUGUUUAUUGUUUACUUUAAAUACCCUUAGCAAAUAAAAUGUGUUGUUAUGGACUUGUAACUCCUUCGCCUUUGGAAGUUUAGUGUAGUAAGUGAAUGAGUGAGGUUACUGUGGACUACUCAAUAUGACAUCCAGAGCUGUGUCACAGAUAACAAUUUUAACUCAGAAAGGAGUUGCUAACAAUACUUUAGCUCCAUUGAUAGUACCACCAGACGGUGGCUGGGGCUGGAUCAUAGUAUUUGUUGGCUUUUUUUCUUAUAUUGUUGUAGAUGGGGUAUCAUUCUGCUUCUACUUGUAUCGAGAUCCGAUGGUCCAUGAUCUUGGGAUCUUACCUGGUGACAUUUCAUUUCUCUCAGCGUUAUUUACUGGAUUUUAUUUCUUUGGAGGUAUUGCUGCCUGUAGUAUUGGAAACUAUUGGGGAUUUCGGAUUGUCAUGGUCCUUGGUGCAUCAUUUUCUUGCUUGGCGUUUGGUCUGGGAUAUAUAUUUAAUGAUAUUUUACAUUUCUACAUUAGCAUUGGAUUUGUUGGAGGUAUUUCAGCAGGAUUUAUAUCUGUUGCUGGUUCUUUACCAGCAGGAUUUUAUUUUGAUAAAAAGCGUUCGCUUGUGAUGGGUUUUGUGGCAUGUGGCUCUGGCAUGGGAGCUUUUGUUGUCCCUUUCAUUACUAAACUCUUCAUGGAUGAGUAUGGUUGGAGGCUUACCUACUUAUUUCAUGCAUCACUGUUUGUAUUACUGAUAUUGUUGGGAUUUCUGAUUCGACCACUGAAACCAGUUCUGGUUGUCAUAAGAACUGACUCAUUCGAUGCCACAAUGCGCCAAAAAGACUCUGUGGAUAUGACAUUAUUUCGUAUGCCAACAAUAGAAGCAACAAGUAUCGGACCAACCUCAUUAGUUCGUUCUGGGAUGUUACCCACCAUAUCACAAAUGGCACGGAUGUCGGGUACAACAUUAAGUGAUGACUCAAGAGUAGACUUGACCUUUUUCCGAGUUCCAAAACAACCCAGUGCAGUUCAGUCUACAUUUCAAAGAACUUCUACACUCCCCAACAUAUCACAAGUGGCACAGGAUGCAGACAAUAUCAGUAUCAUGGUGAGAGAUACAGGACCCAACACUGUUAUAAGACUGAGGGAGAUGACGCAGUCCAGGAUUUUGCAGCCUUCUGUGUCCCUUGUGUUGUCGACAGUUGCGAUAGAGCGAGAAGAGCUACCACCAAUACCAAGACAACCUUGGUACAAGUGUGGAUGUUUCCGAUCUCCGUAUCCUUCGAUCCCAGAGAGACCGAUGCACCGAACGGAUCUUUACUACACUGGCAGCCUUAACAGGCUUGAUGAAUACGUUACUAGGGAUAGAGACUUGGACUACCACUUGCAUGUGACUGAGGUUCCUACCUAUUUUGAGGUGGUACAGGACCUGACUCGCACCUACACAACGUGGUGCUGUCACCAGAUCUUGCACGGAAUUAGAUCACUACUAGACUACACUCUUCUCAAGUCACCAACAUUUGACUUCUCAGGUUCUGAGACCACUCAGCCUCUAGGAGCUCCCAACCUCCAGCAGGCUUCGGUUUCUGGCAUCUCUCAGCCUCUGGAAGCUUGCAGGACCUGGUAA